AUGGCUGAAGAGACGGAACAAUUGGCAAGGGAGAUGGAAGAGGAGGAUUUGACCAUGCAUGGGGAGGGGACCUGGAAGGGAGUCGAGGAGGAAAUAGCUGAGGGCCUGGGGAGUUUGCUGUUGAUUGAGAGCGGGGAGGCGAAUGUAGCAGAGGGCGUGGCUAUUGUUCCCGGACAGAACGUAGAGGUGUCCAGGAGGCGGCCUAGACAGGAGGACAGGGAGUCGGAGGGUCAUGCGGCUAAGAGACCGUGUGCAGCUGGUAUACAAGAGUUGAUAUCGAUAAUCCCAGGGGAAAAGAAAGGGAUGAAGAUCGACAAGGGUGACAACAGGAAAAACGCCGUAGUGGACGACAAGGGCGCAACAACAGCUGCACGUGGAACUUCUACGGCCAUAGCAUCUUCUGCUGCCAGAUCGUCCACUGCUGCCACCGCCUCGUCGGCUGCCUCGUCAUCUUCUGCGGUCGAUGUGUCCUCUGCCGUCCUCGAUGCACUUGCGACGCUUGCAGCCUCGGUUGCUUGCGUUGCGGUUGAGGCGAUGCGGUCGGUCAAGGAUCAGGAGCAUGACAAGGAAGCGUGGAUUCUGCCCCUGUCGGAUGCACUGCUGAAAGCGCUUCCGGCAGAGUCGCGAGCGGCCGGGGAUACGAAGCGGAUGACGAGGGUGGUGGCAAAGGUGGUGACCUCUUGGUGCCUAUGCAGCAUGGCAUCAAGAGGCCUUCGCCAGCACCAGGGCGUCUGCCUCGGAGUCCUGCAGAAGAAGUUGGGCGGCCGGGAUACCACAAGAGGGGCGGAUAAGGAGAAGAAAACCAAGAAAUUGUCCGCGAAAAAGAACGCGACGAAGGAUGCGUCGACGGAGGAGAACACCGGCACUGGCGGCUAG